AUGGCAGCAGGCAGGCUACGAGGCCUGGCAGUGGCCGGUGGAGGCGAGAGUAGCGAGAGCGACGAUGAUGGCUGGGAAAUUGGGUAUCUUGAUCGGGAAUCUCAGAAAUUAAAAGGACUGUUACCCACAGAAGAAAAGAAUGAAACAUUUAAGAAAGCAUUGACCACUGGAGAUACUUCGUUGGUCCAAGAGCUCCUAAAUUCUGGCCUUAGCAUAGAUUCCAGCUUUCGAUAUGGAUGGACUCCACUUAUGUAUGCUGCUAGCAUUUCCAAUGUAGAGCUGGUUCGGAUCCUUUUGGACAGAGGUGCUAAUGCAAACUUUGAUAAGGAUAAGCAAACUAUUUUGAUAACCGCAUGUUCAGCUCGUGGCUCAGAGGAACAGAUCUUGAAGUGUGUAGAGCUACUACUUUCAAGAAAUGCUGAUCCAAAUGUUGCUUGUAGGAGACUUAUGACUCCAAUCAUGUAUGCUGCACGAGAUGGUCACCCUCAGGUUGUUGCUCUACUUGUUGCUCAUGGAGCAGAAGUUAAUACCCAGGAUGAGAAUGGUUAUACUGCUUUAGCAUGGGCAGCACGUCAGGGUCAUAAAAAUGUAGUUUUGAAGUUGCUUGAACUUGGAGCUGAUAAAAUGCUGCAAACCAAAGAUGGAAAUACACCAAGUGAGAUUGCAAAAAGAAAUAAACAUCUAGAGAUCUUCAGCUUGCUAUCUCUGAGUUUAAAUCCAUUGAAAGGAAAGCUUCAGCAGCUAACUAAAGAAGAGACUAUUUUUAAACUACUGGCAACAGAUUCUGAUAAAGAAAAAGAUCAUAUAUUUAGUUCAUAUACAGCAUUUGGAGACCUGGAAGUAUUUUUACAUGGUCUUGGACUUGAACAUAUGACAGACUUAUUAAAGGAAAGGGAUAUAACUUUAAGACAUCUUUUGACCAUGAGAAAAGAAGAGUUUGCAAAGAAUGGAAUUACCACUAGAGAUCAGCAGAAAAUUCUAGCUGCUCUUAAAGAACUAGAUGUAGAAGAGAUAAAAUUUGGAGAAUUACCUGAAGUGGCAAAGUUGGAAAUCAGUGGUGAUGAAUUCCUCAACUUUCUUCUGAAAUUGAACAAACAAUGUGGCCAUUUAAUAACAGCGGUACAGAAUAUCAUUACUGAGCUGCCUGUAAAUUCUCACAAGAUCGUACUUGAAUGGGCUUCUCCUCGGAAUUUUGCUUCAGUUUGUGAGGAACUGGUUAGUAAUGUUGAAGAUUUGAGUGAAGAGGUCUGCAAGCUAAAAGACUUAAUUCAGAAGUUGCAAAAUGAAAGAGGAAAUGAUCCAACUCAUAUGCCAUUAAUAGAAGAAGUAUCUACAUGGAAUAGUAGAAUUUUGAAGAGGACCGCUAUUACAGUGUGUGGAUUUGGAUUUCUUCUUUUCAUUUGCAAGCUAACUUUCCAGAGAAAAUAA